AUGUUUGCUGAUGAUGAAGAAUUCGAUUCAUGUGUUGUUGAAGCAUUAUCAAAAGCAGCUCGUAUCCUAUCCGAUGAAUCCGAUUAUCCCAUAUCCGAUUCAUUAUCUUCAACAUCUUCACUUAGUGAAUCAUUAACGCAGGUGCCUUCAACUACACCUACACCAUUACAACAAUCACAACUACCAAUAACUUCUUUUUUCAUUUUUCAUAACGAAACAGCUCAUACAAGUACCGAACUACUACCAUCUCAGGUACCAUCAACAGCACCAGCUAACAAUCAUAUUGGAAAACGACAUGUAUGUGGUGAUUGUGGCAAGGCUUUUCCUUAUUUAUCAAUAUUGGAAUCUCAUAAACGUUGCCAUACUGGUGAGAAACCAUUUGAUUGUCGUUUCUGUGAAAAGAAAUUUGCUCAAAAAGCAACGCUACAGGUUCACGAACGAACUCAUACCGGUGAACGGCCCUACAAAUGUAAAUACUGCGACAAAACAUUUGCUCAGUAUGGUACAAAGACCGUUCACGAAAAGAGUGCACAUUUGGGUAUUCGAAACUACAAAUGUCCAAAAUGUAAUAAAUGUUUAUCGUCACCGUCAGCAUUGUAUACACAUAAGAAAACUCAUGGCGAAAAGACAUUACAAUGCGACUAUUGUCCCAAAACGUUUGCAUUAAAAAAUUAUUUAAAAUUACACGUGAAACAAGUACACGAGCAAUCGGAUCGUAAACAUAUUUGUCAUUACUGUGACAAAAGUUUCGCUUAUGCAGGAAGUUUACAGGUACACGUACGAACACAUACCGGUGAACGGCCUUAUGUAUGCAGAUUUUGUCCAAAAGCGUUUGCUAGCCAAGGUAAUCUUCAGAGCCAUGAACGAACCCAUACCGGUGAACGACCGUACACCUGUGUACAAUGUGGACGAUCUUUUAUCCAGAAAUCACAGCUUACUGCUCACGAAUCAACACAUCAAUAUCAACCGGGCGUUCGUUUUCAUUAG